UACUGACAGAAUUAAAAGAUUUCCCCAAAAGAUGACGCAGCGCUGGACUCCCCCAAGCAAACAACCGCAAAAUGUCCCUGGAAAAUCCUUUAUAAACAGAAUCCAAGCCUGUUCCAUGCGCACUCGUCUCCAGGUAUUUGCUAGAAGCUCAUCCGCACCUUCGGCUCGGGUCCUCGUUUCCAGCAACAUGGCAAGAAUCUCCCUCGCACUCGGAUUGCUGCUCGUGGUGGCGCUGGCGGCGACAACAGAGGCCGGCCCAGCAAGGCCUUCCCACGGGUCUCGGGACUGUCCGCAAAUCUGCACGCUUGAGUUCAACCCCGUCUGUGGGAGUGACGGCCAGGAAUAUUCCAACCCCUGCAAUCUGGAGGUGGCCAAGUGCUCGAACCCCGGACUUAGACAGGUGCCAUGUUAAAUGUAUCGAACGUGGAUCAAGCUGACUCCCAUUUCACUUUCGCCGUUCUCUCUCUCUCUCUCUUUUCUUUCUAUUUCUCUCUCUUUUCUUUCUCUUUCUCUCUCUUUGAUCCCUCCCCCCUCCACCAGGUCCCCCCCCCCCCUUUUUCCACAAACCCUAACUCGACUUCAAACUCUACCCAGCGUCGACUUCAAUCAAAUUGAUCAAACAAAAGAUAAAAAAUAUGAAGAAGUGAACUGAGGCAACCAUCUAUUCCCAACCCGGAUAUAAUGGUUUGUAUUGUGUGAAAUUUCCUUAUUGUUGUCAAUAAAACGAAUUAUGUUCUGAUAAUUAAACCGAUUGGAUUGUU